AUGCAGGCAUGCUGCACAUGCGCCACUCUACUGAGUAAGGUGCCCCGCUACAGCGAGAACGAGAAGCCAUUACCAGACGAUAGGCCGUUGGGCUGCUGUCCAAGAGUGAUAUGUGGAAAUUGUAUAUAUAAAACCCCGCGCUUCCAGAACUACUGCCCAUACUGCCAGAUCUCGAGCGUACCCACCCGGCUUCCGCAGGGGCUCAAGGAGCCGCCUUCGUACAACGCCGUCGCCGAGAGCUCGAGGGACCCGUUCGUCCAAGCGCCGCCGCCCUAUUCCGCAGCCGCUACGAAACGACCGGACCCGCUCGACGAGAAGUCUGUUCCACUGGACGACGAGCCGGCCGAGGAUGUGCUACAUUUCCUGAACCACGACCACGACUCCAUCAGCUCUCUCUCGUUGCGAUACGGCGUCCCCGCCGGAGUCUUGCGGCGCGCCAACAACGUCACGUCGGACCACUUGCUGCUGGGGCGAAAGACAGCCAUCAUUCCUGGCGAGUACUACAAAGGUGGUGUUAGCCUGUCGCCAAGACCCGUCGAAGGUGAGGAAGAGGAGCUCCGCAAGGGCAAGAUACGUAGAUUCAUGGUCGCCUGCAAAGUGUCAGAGUACGACGUCGCCGUCUUAUACCUCGAGCAGACAGACUAUGACUUGGAGGCAGCGACAGUAGCUUAUAUCGCGGAUGAGGAGUGGGAGGCCGGCCACCCUGUCAAGGGAAAGGCCGCGGCGAAACGUGGUGGGUUCGGUCUAGGGAGGGGCAGGAGUUUUCUCAGGAGGGGAGGCACAUGA